AUGGAGCUGGAUAUUCAAGGACUUAGAUGUGUUGCUGUCAUUUACGUUGUCUUGUUUCAUUUAUGGCCAAGGACCUUUAAAAAUGGUUAUCUCGGAGUUGACAUGUAGGUUUUGCACUUAAAAUAAAUAGCCAUACAUGAUCGCCUGGCAUGUGUGCCAGAUUUAAAGAAAAUCUGAACACUUCUGAUGUCUAACACAAAGGAUUUAUUUUGCAGAUUCUUUGUCAUCUCUGGCUACCUGAUGCAUCACAUCCUCAGCUCAAAAGAGUUCUCGUCGCAUGCAGUCGCGAAAUUUUACUUCCGCCGCAUCCGACGCAUUGCCCCGCCGUACAUUGUUCUUCUGACUUUGACAGUUGUAGUGGCCAACGUCCUCUUUUCGACACAAGAAUUCUCUAAAGUUUUGGAUGAAUUAUUAGCGGCUGCAACCUUCACCUCCAACAUUUUUAAGCUUCCCCCGCAAGGGUAUUUCGCAAUCAACAAUGAGUACCCUUUGUUUCUGCAUACAUGGUCGUUGUCUGUCGAGUUUCAGUUCUACUUGAUUGUCCCGUUCAUCUACUUGGUGUAUUGCCGGCUACGGGAAAUGCAAAAGCGUGUAGCGAUCGGAUUUUUGGUGUGUCUGGCUGCGCUUAGCUUUGCGUAUCAAGUGGCAAAUGGAAGUCGUAAGUUAAUCACGGUUUUCUCAGAGGUCCCAGACGUUAAUGUUGUAUCUUCACGUGUAGUUGUGAAGGUAUGUAGUCAGCCAGAUGUAGGGUAACAAAUAUAGAUAGGUUUAUUACAGAAUAGUAAUAACAAAACGUAGCGUAACACCAAACAUUCACUGAAUAAUAUGUAUCAACCGAGAUCCCUUUUCGUCUAGGCUUCGAGAAGCUUCGAAUGAAACGGAAUGCCAAUAACGUAGUCGUAGGUUUCGUCUCGGGACUCAACAGUUAAUUUAAGGCCGAAUUAGCCUAAUUACAACAAAACAACAACUCUAUAACAAAAUUCUGUUGGGAAAUUAUGAGUACGAUUUCGCUGCAUCAAUUGCGCCGCUGAAGUCAAAAGAAAUUUGAUUUUUCCGCGACACGAUUCAUUUUCUCGGCGUCGAUUUUGAUGCAACAUAUUCCCUAUUAUUUUCCCGAGAGACUAAUAUUGAGGAUAUUAAAAUUUUAUAUAAAGUGCAUGGUCGUUUUGUCGCGCCCCGUACCGUGCAUAAAAACCCUCAACCUUGCACCGUGCGUUGAAAUAUCGCUCCGACAGAAACAAUUUUUAGCUAACGAUAAGUCGCAGCGUCGGUGCGAAUUUCCACUGUGCAAAGGUAUAGAAAGAAGUUCAAAAUGCACUGUGAUCCGUUGUCAUUAUUUUACCGAGAGGUUGGUAGGGCGUUGUGAACAGGCAAUUUUUAUAUAUUUCCAGGCAGAACUAACAUCGCGCACAUGAGUCUGCUCUCCCGCAUCUGGCAGUUCCUUUCUGGGUUCCUGGCCAACGCGUUGAAGUCAACGGACAAAAUGGAAACUUAUGCGGAGUUGCCAACUGACGAGCUAGGUGCUGCUCCUUCAGCGAUUAGCCGUAAAAAAGAAGACCAGUCACAAAGAAUUAUCAAGACUAUUUUGGCGAUCACACUGCUCUACCAACUCCUCUAUCCGCUGACUCAUUUGGUCUGGCUCAAUCGACUGAUUUGCACAUCCAUCGCCGCCGCUUUUAUUUAUCUAAAGAGCGGAUCAUGGCUAGAACAACGCUCCCUUGUUUUUGUUGGCGACAUUUCCUACUCGUUGUACUUGAUCCACUGGCCAGUCAUCAUAUUUUGGAAGUUUAUAGGACUAUGGGAAGUCACAGGCCCUACAGUGCAGGGUGAGUAGCCUCAAAGAGUUUGCGUAGAAAAAGAUCAAUUUCAGAUGGGUUGAUCAUAUUGCAAGGCUCCAUGUUUCUCAGCUACCUCUUCGAAACCGGUUUUAAGAAACUCUUAGCCUCUGUGGACAGCUGGAUUCGGCUUAUCAAUCUUCUGCUCCUUCUCAAUAUUCUGCUCAUCUCAUCCGCCGCUGUAAUGUAUCUGAGGGUGCCAGAGAGCAGCCGCGACAAAGUUAACGGGUCCAGCAGCGGCCUAAACAUUACUGUUAUGGACCAAACGUUGCAAUUCUACGAGAACCGACACAAAAUGAGCCUCAACCUCAGCCGUGACAAAGUAAUAACCUAUAAUAGUCAAGUCCAACAAUUUAUCAAUGAUUUUAUACACGAAUGCAAUUUGAAAUUGAGAAGGCAGGAUCACCCACCAGAGUUUUCGCACUCUCUGGUUUCUUGCCAAAUCGAGGUACGUGAAGUGAAUAAAUGCCUGCAGUGUGACUACUACGCCUUUCCAAAAGUCCGUCGACUUUUUUCAGUUCAGACGCAGCGGCACUGUGCUCAUUAUUUUGCCGAUAGAUUGAAAUGAGCGUAUCGCUAAGCAAGAUUUAUCACAUGCGUUUUGCAGGGCACCGGAACAAAAGAAAUCGUAAUUAUCGGGAACAGUUUUGCGCGCGACCUCUUCUAUGGUGUUUGGCCGCUAAUGAAACACAAUUUCAAGCGCCUUUCGAUGUACUGUUUAUCGUGCGCAAUUCCAUACCUAAUUAACAAGCAGACUGGUAAACGGAGACACGACUUCAUCGGGCUGAUAAAGCGCUGGGAUAGGCCGAUUGACAUCUUGAUUGUCAGACAUUCGUAGGUAUAAGUUUUGCUUUUGUAAUAUCAUUUAUUUUUACAGAUACUACCAAUUCUUGCCAAACGUAAAGAACCUAGCAUGCAAAAUAUCUGAUGUAAGUUUGACGACGCUUAAAAAAUUACGCCAAACCACGUUUUAAAAAUUUUGAAAACAGGCCGGGCCUAAAUUUCAUCAGACCGAGCUCAGGGCCUCGAGGUGCACACGGUAGCCAUGUCUGUCUGUGCGAAACAAAUGUGCACCUUGCACUGUGCAAUUUGUUGCGUUUUGUACCAUGCAAUAAGCCUUUCAAGGUCACUCGCAUCCCGACUUUUUUGCACAGUGCAGGUGGCCGAAAUCACUCCAACGACUUUUGCGAAGGACGAUUUAUUUUUCGCCCGAUUUCUUGCAAAUGUGGCUCAUAUCUGUGACAUUGUCGCACAGCUGUGACAACGAAAAAGCCGUCCAUUCUUUUCUCCAACCCAUUUUAAAAGAUUUCUGAUGAAUCAAGCGGCGACUUUUUGUAGCAAAAUCUUCUUUUCAGCCCAAGUACCUCACGAACAAGAUGCCAUCCGAAAUGCAAUCGUUUUACGAAGAACUCAGUCCACUUGCCAAGCACAUUGUUAUCGGGUACGCGGAUCAUGAGAGCAAUAUGCAAAUUCAAAAGCUGUCCAGUGCUUUAAUGAGAAAUCGUCUGGAUCAUUUCAACUUUAAUUAUACAGUGAGCCCCCUGACUUCCUUACGAUACGUGUCAGAAAUUUAA